AUAAACAUGGCGGCUUCCAUCGGACCAACAGCAUUCGCUGGCUCAAGCUCAACCAAAAAGCUGAAGAAAUACAGACGUUUGCCUUUGUAUAUUGUUGAAGAUCACAAUGAGGUUCUGCCAUACAUACACCGAGCCAUAGGAAGCCACCAUCUUCCAUUCUGUGAUAUGGUUUUUGUUCACUUCGACUCUCAUCCAGAUCUGCUCAUUGCAAAAGAAAUGCCUGCUGAUGAUGUUUUUAACAAAGAAUCACUUUAUGAGAGCAUCAGCAUAGAAAACUGGAUUAUGCCUUUGGUUUAUGCUGGCCAUGUGAGUGUUAUUGUGUGGGUCAAGCCUCCAUGGUGCACACAGAUAGCAGAUAAAAACACACAUUUCUAUGUGGGCAAGUGUGCCACAACAGGGACAAUAAGAUGCAGUUGUAAGGAAUCUUACUUUGUGAGUGAAACACUCUACAGACCAGAAUCUCAGCUUUUGAACAAGAAAAGAGUUCAACUGAUUGCGUUUACAUUGAAACCAAAUGGCUGGAAGGAAAAAUCAAACAUUGACAAAUCAGUGGAAAAUAUCAAACAGGAAGGAAAAUGUCAGAGUAGCAGGAAGUCAGGGUCAGGUGUAUGUUUGAACAAUCAGGAAUUGGUACACAGCGAUGUUGAAGAAGUUUCCAGGGAGAAAAUAGAUGUCUGUAAAUGUAAGCAUGGAAAAUCAGACCAUAUAGAAUGCGAUGACAGGUUAAAUGACAGUGAAGAUCCAAAUUCCAACAACUGUAGAGUAUUGAGUGACAGCAAAACUGAAUAUACUGUAGCUAACAAUGAACAAGAAUGGAAUGCUGAAGUGAAAAGUGAUAUUUCACAAAGUGAAUUCAGAGACGAGGAUGCAGACAAUGCAGUGUUACACUGUGGGGGUAGUACAUCUAGUGAAUUGACAGUUGAUAGAUUCAGGGAAUCAUUGACAAGUAUCAGUGAGUUAUUACAGGAGUUCUCAGACAGACCUUUGAUCCUAGAUAUUGACUUAGAUUUUUAUUCCACAAAAAAUCCAUUCCUGGAGGUUUACACACCAUCACAAUACGAAAUUCUCAAAGAAUUGUACAGCUUUCAGGCACCUAUAAGUAUGUCAGAUGAGGAUGUUGAGGAAUGUGUUAUGAAGAGAGAAAAGGAGUUAGACCAUUUAAAGCAAGAGUUCCUGAAAUUUACUGAGUGCUCAGAACCAAAGCUCAGUCAUUCUAAAUCUGAAAAGAUCAAAGCUUUAGUGGAUGACCUGCAAUCUUGUCAAGCAGAUGAUAAUCCAGUGAACUUUGACCUUCUGCAUGAGGCAGGCUGUACCUGUGAUGACACAGAGCUCCCCCAUCAUGUGAGCAGUCAGGAGGAGAUAACUCUGUUGGUGGAUGCCACACAAGACUUCCUGUGCCACAUCAAACGUCCGACCAUAAUUACCAUGGCUAGAUCUAGUCAGGACGAUUAUUGCCCUCCGGAACAAGUUGAAUCCAUUCAGAGCAGUGUCCUAGAAGUUCUACAAGACCUGUACUUAGAAAUAGAACUGACUGUUGACUAUGAGUGAGCAGGAAAAGUAGGAAAAAAAUUACUACUAUCAACUGUGUCAAAGGAAUUUAUUUUGAGUUUAGAAAAGAAUGUUUGAUAACUUUGAUUAUGUCCCUUUAAA